CCCAGGUCCCUGCUUCUCUUAGCCAUGGCUCCAAAGCGCAAGCCCCAGGUACAGCGUGAGGGUCCUGAGAAGAAGAAGGGGCGUCAGGGGGCACAAGAGGAGGACAGUUUCCGCUCCACUGCCGAGGCCCCACCCACAGAGAAGCGCAUAGCCUAAGUGGACCCCCUGUGCCCACUCAGCUGCAACCCUAGGACUCAGGUGCAUGAAGACUACGACUGUACCCUGAACCAGACCAACACUGGGAGCAACAAAAACAAGUUCUACAUCAUCCAGCUGCUGGAAGAAGGUGACUGCUUUAUCUGCUGGAACCGCUGGGGGCGCGUGGUGAAGGUGGGCCAGUCACAACUUAGCCGCUUCAUGUCACUGGAGGAUGCACAGAAGGACUUUGAAAAGAAGUUUCGGGACAAGACCAAGAACAGCUGGGCAGAGCGGGACCACUUUGUGGCCCACCCCAGCAAGUAUACACUUAUCGAAGUACAGAGAGAGGAUGAGGCCCAGGAAGCCAUGGUGAAGGUAGACGGAGGCCCAGUGAGGACCGUAGUUCGUGUUCAGCAAGUGCAGCCCUGCUCCCUGGACGCAGCCACACAGAAGCUCAUCACCAACAUCUUCAGCAAGGACAUGUUCAAGAAUGCCAUGGCUGGGCUUCCCUGGUGGCGCAGUGAUGUGAAGAAGAUGCCACUGGGGAAGUUGAGCAAGCAGCAGAUUUCCCGGGGUUUGGAGGCCUUGGAGGCAGUGGAGGCGACCCUGAAAGCCCCCGCAGGUCGUGGUCUCAGCCUGGAGGAGCUGUCCUCCCACUUCUACACCAUCAUUCCCCACAACUUCGGCCGUAGCCAGCCCCCACCCAUCAACUCCCCGGAACUUCUGCAGCCCAAGAAGGAUAUGCUGCUGGUGCUGGCAGACAUCGAGCUGGCCCAGACCCUGCAGGCAGCCCCCAAGGAGACAAAGAAAGUGGAGGAGGUGCCACACCCACUGGACCGAGAUUACCAGCUCCUCAAGUGCCAGCUCCAGCUGCUGGACCCAAAGGUGCCUGAGUACAAGGUGAUACAUCCCUGCUUGGAAAAGACUGGCAGCAAGUACAGUUGCCCUGCUCUUCAACAUAGUUGGACAGUGAACCGAGAAGGGGAGGGAGAUCAGUUCCAGGCCCACGACAAGCUGGGUAAUCGGAAGCUACUGUGGCAUGGCACCAACGUGGCUGUGGUGGCCGCCAUCCUCACCAGUGGGCUUCGCAUCAUGCCACAUUCUGGUGGCCGUGUUGGCAAAGGCAUCUACUUUGCCUCGGAGAACAGCAAGUCAGAUGGCUAUGUUACUGGCAUGUCCUGCGGGGCCCAUGACAUUGGCUACAUGUUCCUGGGUGAGGUGGCAGUGCGCAGAGAGUACCGCAUCACCGUCUAUGAGCCCAGCUUGAAGCAGCAGCCCCCUGGCUUCGACAGUGUCAUUACCCGUGGCCACACAGAGCCUGUUCCAACCCAGGACACCAAGCUAGAGCUGGAUGGCCAGCAAGUGGUGGUGCCCCAGGGCCAGCCCAUGCCCUGCCCAGAGUUCAGCAGCUCCAGCUUCUUCCAGAGUGAGUAUCUCAUCUACCAGGAGAGUCAGUGCCGCCUAUGCUACCUGCUGGAGGUUCGCCUCUGAGCUGUCUGCCCGACCCGCCUCCCGUCCACCGCCAGGAGCUAGACCAUCAUCCUCAAUCUUCCUCCCAUCCCUGGUGCCCCCAUAUCACCCCUUCUUGCUCUCAAAUCUCCCUCCUGUGUCCAGACAGUGAUCCCCUCUCCCUCUAAUCCUUGUGGUCCUGGCAUGGCUGUGGCCUCAGUCUCGUCCCCUAAGGUGAUGGGUGUGAUGGAUUGGCAUUAUUACUGGGACACGGAUACAGCAGCCUAUUCAAGCCUGUGUAGUUAGAGGGGCACAGGCUGAGAGUGGGCGGGUCCCACAACCCCCCGGGCCAUCCACCCUGGCCCAGACUGUCCAUCCGAGAGAGGCGUGAUCACCGAGGUGGGCUGAACUUCAGACAUGCACAGGCAAGUGCACAUUGUAUUGGCUCACCCCCCUGACCUCUGUCUGUGCCAAAGCUGCACAAGGCCUGGGCCUUCUUGCUUUCCACAGUGACCCACCACACCACAUAGCAGUUCCAGCCCCACUCCAGGGAGUGACCACUCACACGGAGGACGUGGGUUGUACACACACUCCCACCCACCCUGGUCAGUCUACAUUGGUCACUGCAACGACUGGCCUCCUCUGAUCAUUGAGCCUCCAAAA